CGUUAAACGGCGAGUGUUAGGGUCGUGAUUCGUGUAGUUAAUUAAUCUCUUCAAUUUCUUGUUCGACCCUUUUGACAAGGCAUUGCACUUUCCUCAAUCACCAUUUUUCACAAAACACUUCUCAACUACCAUACCCCACAACACCAUAACACAUUCUAACUAACAAUUAAGUACGAAAAAACAAAAAAGAUAGCAGCUUUCUAGUUUCUAGAGCUGGAUCUCCAUUGAAUUCUUCCGUUGAGAGAGGAUUUUGUUUCUGGGUUUUCUUGAUCUUUCCAAAGGGUUUCAGCUUCUGUGUGCUAGCAUUGAUCACUGGUACCAGAAAAGGCAAAAAUCGUUGCUUUUUGGUCCCUUGAUGAUCUUUGAGAUGUGGGGAGAUAAUGGAGUUCCUGCUGAUUCUUUCUAUCAAAUUCGCCCUGAGUGCAUCAACGAUGUUCCCGUUUCAAGAUUUAAGAUCAAGCCCGGUAAAACACUGAGUCCAAGAAAAUGGCAUGCUGCUUUUACUGAAGAAGGAUAUCUGGAUAUAGGAAAGAUUCUAAGGCGAAUCUACAGAGGGGGAAUCCAUCCAUCGAUUAGGGGAGAAGUUUGGGAAUUUCUACUUGGUUGCUAUGAUCCAAAGAGUACAUUUGAUGAACGAGAACAAAUAAGACAGAGUCGAAGGUUAGAAUAUGCUAGAUGGAAGGAAGAAUGUCGCCAAAUGUUUCCUUUUGUUGGAAGUGGUAGAUAUAUUUCAUCUCCUGUAAUUACUGAUGAUGGUCAACCGAUUCAAGAUCCAUCAGUUCUGCUGGAAUCAAAUCCAGACAAGGGAUUGGUUUUAGUUCCUCAAGACAAUUAUAGGUCUUCAAGCAUAGAUGCCAGAAAUAAUUUAGAAAAGGUGACAGACAAGAGAGUAAUCCAGUGGCUGUUAACUCUUCAUCAAAUAGGUCUUGACGUGAUUCGCACUGAUAGGACAUUGGUCUUUUACGAGAAGCAAGAGAACUUGUCAAAAUUAUGGGAUAUUCUUGCAGUUUAUGCUUGGCUAGAUAAAGAUGUUGGCUAUGGUCAAGGGAUGAGUGACCUAUGCUCACCUAUGAUAAUUCUUCUUGAGGAUGAAGCAGAUGCAUUUUGGUGCUUUGAGCGUCUAAUGCGCAGACUUCGAGGUAAUUUCAAGUGCACUGAUCGUUCUGUUGGAGUGGAGACUCAACUGAGUAACUUGGCUUCAAUUACUCAAGUAUUAGAUCCAAAACUUCAUAAACAUUUAGAGCAACUAGGUGGAGGUGAUUAUCUGUUUGCUUUUCGGAUGCUAAUGGUUCAGUUUCGUCGAGAAUUCUCCUUUUGUGAUUCACUAUACCUUUGGGAGAUGAUGUGGGCUCUAGAGUAUGAUCCUGAUUUGUUUUGGAUGUACGAGGAUGCUCGGAGAGCUCCUACAAGCGCCGAGAGCUCUAGAGGGAAGGUGAAGUCAAUUAGACAAUGUGGAAAGUACGAGCGAGAAAAUAUGAGAACAGGGGCAAAGAACUCCGAAACUCCUCUUCCUAUAUCGAUUUUCCUUGCUGCUAGUGUGUUGAAAGAUAAAAGCUCAAAGCUACUACAUGAGGCAAGGGGUCUGGAUGAUGUUGUCAAGAUUUUGAAUGACAUGACUGGAAAUCUAGAUGCUAAAAAGGCUUGUUCCGGGGCUAUGAAACUUCAUAAAAAAUAUUUGAGAAAGGCCAAGAAAACGUAAGACUGAAUAUAUCCAAUGAUUUUUGUUCACUGAUCAAGCGAGGUGUUGCUUCCUGCAAUGUAACUUGUUAUUCAUGGAGACAAUAAUGGAGUCCACCAAAUUUGGACUGGAGUUACAAGAUUGAAAAGAAGGAUCCAAGUAUACAUCCAUCAAAACUCUUGAGGGAUAAUUGUUGUAUUGUGACAUAAUUUCAUUUUUUGAAAAUAUUCUUGUGUAAAAGAACAAGAUUGUAUGUGGGACUGAGAUUGUAAUUUGUACUGUGCAAUAUAUUUGUUGCAAAAAGAAAGAAAAGCAAUAAAAAAUUCAAAAAUACAGGAAAUAGUUAUCUGUGUUAGCCUUCAAUUUC